CUAAAGUUGCCGUAUAUUAACAAAAGGUUGUCAUUUUGUUUUAGCUCACACUAAUAUAAGGCGUUUAUUUAAAGCUCGUAUGGAAUGGACUAUGAUGAGCUUACCGUCGAAGAAAAAGAAAGACUACACUUCAUUAGACAGCAAAAGACUCAGGUUAUGAAAAAUAUUGAGUCUCUAAAACUUGAACUUAAUGACAUAACAAGCCAGAUUGAAAACCUUGGUUUUUCUGUCGAUGGGGAGGACCCAUCUGCUAGACGGCUUGCGUUUGGCUGCAAGGAAUUCAAUAGGAAUCCAAAACAGGGUCUGGAAUACCUCUUCGACAAUAAUAUAAUUGGAAGGUCUCCGGAAGACGUAGCGAAAUUCUUUAUUGAUCAAAAUCACAAUUUAUCUAAGCAUGCCGUUGGCACCUAUAUUGGCGAGAUUUGUAAAGAAUUUAACAUGCAAGUUUUGGAUGCAUUCUCCAAGUUGCAUGACUUCAAGGACGAAGAGUUUUUACCGGCUCUUAGACAAUUUUUGCUUAGCUUCCAACUGCCUGGGGAGAGUCAGAAAAUUGACCGCAUUUUAACGAGUUUCUCUGAACGCUAUGUAGAACAAAAUCCUUCCGUUUUUAACUCACCACACGAGGCUUAUGUACUUUCUUACGCCGUUAUUUUGUUAAAUACUACACUACAUAACAUAAAUGCAAAAAGCCAAAAUUUAGGUUUAGCAGAAGAAAAAACAUUUGUACGUGCCAUGAUGGAAUUUGAUGAAGAAACUAACUUGUCCGAAGAUCUUGUUCGUAAAAUUUAUCGUGCUAUUAAAACUGAACCACUUCGUCCUGUUUCUGACGACUCAUCUGUAUGUGGAUCCAAUCAAAAUAAUGGAAUUCAUAAAGGAUGGUUAUGGAAACUUGGUGGUCGAGUUAAAAGUUGGAAAAGACGAUGGUUUGUGCUAACAGAGGACAGCCUCAUAUAUUAUCUUACUCCUGACCGUUCUCGUCAAAUCAAAGGUGUUAUCCCACUGGAAGGGAUCAAUAUUCGACUAAUACAUGAUAAAACAAGAGAGAAUUGUUUCGAAUUAUAUUGUCCACGAAAUCAAUUAAUUAAAUCAUGUAAAGUUGAAAGGGAAUUAGCCACAGGUCAUCAGCAUACAGUAUACAGAAUGGCUGCACCUACACUUAUUGAAAGAGAUGAAUGGAUUCGUAUGUUAGAACGUGUAACACAUCGUUUAGCUGAACGUCGUAGUACACGCAGUAUCAGUGUCGAUUGUACCGGUUCUUCUAGCUCUGGUACUAUAGGAUCAACUAGUCAUCAUCACCAUCAUUUACCACCUCCUGUAUCCUCUUUAUCGUUAAGGCGUAAUGGAGCUGGAAGUCAACCGGAUUUACCUAGUCAACAGUCUGUAUUAAAUUAAUUCAAAUAGUUGGAGUAGACACAGUAGUUACCAUUUCGCUUAAUUCUGUUGUAUAUGCUUAUUUAAUAAUGUGUUUUGGUUAUGGUGGUGGAAGUGCUUCUAUUUUCCCAUUUUAUUCACCACCCCGCCCACACAAUGCUCUUAAGAUUCAAUGUAUCAACUAUUAAUUAUGAUAAUAAUAAUAAACACUGUACACAAUCAAAUUACAAAACAUUUAGGCGCAUACAUAUGGUUUUCUAUGUUUGUAAUUCACUAUAAGUUUUUCUUGGUUUCCACAUUCCUUUUGUUUUUGUCGGUGCUUCUUUUAUUUUAUUGAAGUGUUUUAUUUGGGUUUUCUCAUAAAUGUUCACUUUGUAUUCGUUUUUGUUUGCUAUUGUAAUUGACUUCACUUCAUUUCCCUCUGACUUUUUUCUCUCUCUGCCUAUUUGUUUAGGAUUUUUAGUUGACAGGCUUAUUCAUAGAAGGGAUUCACAACAAAAAAACAGAACUUAAUUUUUGAUAGUUAAUCUUAUAGAGAUUAUAGCUAGAUAUAGUUAUUUAUCCUUAUGAGUAGUAUGUAUUUCAUAUAGACUAAAUUGACCGAUGAUCACAUGUUAGAAAGGAAGAAGACAGUUAUAUUCGGUAUAAAUUUAACAAUAUAAUUAACAUUCUUCUAGUUUUCGUGGAAAGAAAAUGUAGUAUGACUUGUUUCACGUUGUUCUUUUUUUGACCACAUUCUCUAUCUUCUUUUAUUCCAAUCUACACCAGUCAGAUGGUUACACUAAAUUCUAGUUAUACUGUGUGUUCCUCUUUUUUUAUUUAUCUAGUAUCAGCUUCUCUUAGAUGAAUACACUUCUAUAUAUUUACUGUACACAUUAGGUAAUUUUAUGUUUCACCUUGCUUAUUAAUUAUGGGUAUUAUCAUUAUUAUUAUUGUCAGUUUAUUAUCGUCAUUUAUACACAUUUAUUUAUAAUUUGUUGGUUGCGAGUAAGUAUUCGGCUUAUUUGACUACUUAUUUAUUCGUAUUUAUUACUUACUUAUAUAUUUAUAUUUAUCCUCUCCCCCUUUGUCUCCGUUCUCUUUUGUCCUCAGGUAUCAAAUUGUAAACAAAUCCAUAGUUGUUUUUUUUCUAUUGUUUUUGAUGCCUGUGUAUGUAUGUAUGUAUGUAUGUGUGUGUGUGCGCUCAAGCACUCAUUGUUUUAUGCACACAAAAGGGGAAUAGAAGUAAGAAAUGUAAUUUACACUUGUUCACAAUUGUAAAUAUAUUGCAAUAAAGCAAUCUAUUUUACUAAUCAUGCUAAACGUUUUUUUAAAAAAUAAAGAAAUUUACCUACUUA